GAAGUGUUGCAAAAGUUGCAGGAAUUGCAAGCACAAGUCUCUGAAUUGCAAAGAGAUAAAGAGAUGUAUAUGAGAGAAAAGUGCAACACUUCAUCGGUGAAAGAAACUAGUGAUAAGGCUAGUAUCAACUGUCAAAGGAAAUUUCCCGAGGGCAUUUCAUCUUGCCAACUAUACUUAUCGGCACCGAAUUAUCGACUAGUUGGCAAGGGAAAAGUGCACAACACUUUGGGAGAUUUACUUCACCAUAGACCGCUCCCGGAUGGACACCUGAAAGUAUCAGUGGAUGUUGUAGUAGAUCAUGAUGCGAUGCUACCGGUACCUGACAUGGUCUCAGAGACGACAUUGCUGCGAGAUGCAAUAGGAUCAUUUGUUAGUAUACCUGUUUGCAAUGUGGAAUAUGAGUUGAUGCAGACGAAUGUGGAUCAGCAAGAGCAGCAGUAG